GAUACGUAAAUUUAACAAUUCAAUUAAUAGAAGUGAUUACAGACAUUAAAGAUUUCAUAAAAGAAAAAUCACGUUCAUUAAUAUUUUAUAAUGUUACGAAAGAAAUAGAAUAUGAUCAUAUAGAUUUAAGCAGACAACUCAUAAAUCUUAUUAGAUCGAUUGAAUUAGAAGCAAAUGAGAGGUUACAGAACCCUAAAGAUACAGUGUCGUCAAGUAAAUUAUUAGAGAUUCAAUUGUUUGCUUACGGAUGGAUCCUUAAAAUACGCUUUCAAAAUAUCUACAUAGAACGUUGCAAAGGAACUUACCCGGAAAUUUUCUCUCGACUACAGGAAGAUCAGAAGAAAAAAACCACAAAUGUUUCGAAACGUGAAGCAGAGAUAAUGACCGAAGAUUCAUUCUUCAACAAUUCUUUUAAAACGAAUAAUUGUAACUUCUCGUAUACGAAUAGUUCUGUUGGAGGAAGAUUUUUUAAUGAUUUUCAGCUUCCACUGGAUGAUCAGUUUGAUUCAUUGCCUACAGAGAAGAGCGACUGUGAACUGGAAGAUGAGGAAAUAACCGUCAAGGAUUUCAUGGAGAACAUUAAAUUAACUAAACGUCAAAUAAACAAAAACUUGAAGAGUUUCGAAGAAACUGCAAUGGACGUUGAUAACGAUUCCUCUCACAACAUACGGAAUACGAAGAGCCGCAUACUCAAAAGAUCCAACCUUAAAGGCAACCUGGAUAACUUGAAUUUCCUUCAAUUAAGGUUUAAACUGGCAGUAUAUCGUUGGAUUUCUAGUACAAUAAUUCACAAUGCCCUUGGCAAAACUGCUUUCGGUAACAUGAUGCCAAUUCUACGAGACUGUGAACCUACAUUUCCCAUAAAAGAGGCUAACGAGAUGAAAGAAGAAAUUGAGAAAGUGAGUGACAAAGUCACUGAUCAGGAUAAAUUUAUUUAUAUGCAUGACGAUCAUUAAUCUCGCUGAAUCGCUC